AUGGCUCGCCUGUGUCCGCAGAAGGACACGCUGCUGGGGAAGCCCCGCCACCCCAGCUCCAAGUCACAAAUGUCUCCAGGGGAGACACUGAUCCACUUCCUUGAGUGGGAUUCUGCUUGGGCCGCCAUCCCUGCGGGCCAUGUUCCUGGAAAAGGCUUCAGCUCUGCUGACCUCAACGUCCACCUCCCCAGCCAGAGCCCCACCUCCCAGGGUCUAACAAGUAAGCCCCAAUACAUUUUAUUUUUGCUUCCCCGGUGCUGCCUGUGGAGGUGGCAGCCAUCUCCUGCCCUCAGACCCCUCGUGAAGCCCAAGAUUGUCAAAAAGAGCUCUAAGAAAUUCAUCUGGCACCAGUCAGACCGAUAUGUCGAAAUUAGGCGGAACUGGCAGAAACCCCAAGGCAUUGACAACAGGGCACGUAGAAGGUUCAAGGGCCAGAUCUUGAUGCCCAACGUUGGUUACAGGUGCAACAAGAAAACAAAGCACAUGCUGCCCAGUGGCUUCUGGAAGUUUCUGGUACACAGUGUAAAGAAGCCUGAAGUGCUGCCCAUGUGCAACGAAUCUUACUGUGCUCAGAUUGCUCACUAUGUCUCUUCCAAGGACUGCAAAGCCACUGUGGAGCGAGUGGCCCAGCUGGCCAUCGGGGUCACCAAUCCCAACUCCAGGCUAUGCAGCGAAGAAAAUGAAUAG